UGCUUGACAAGCUGCCGCACAGACUGGUAAAUUAAAACUAUGCCCUGUUUGGUGCCAGGCCAGGACGGGAUUUGCUGUACUAGGAGUAGCUUAGGCCGAUCCUUUUAGAACAGUUCCUGAGAUUGAUUUUUAACCCACAGGUUUUGGAGAUCCGGGUACCAGAGGUAGUUCUUCGGUUGAACAUAAAUUCUAAGGCAAGUGCAUUACGAACCUUGUCGCCUUAAUGUUUGAUUGUGUGGCUUGUGUGUUUUUGGUGUGCUUCGUUGUUAUUUGGUAAUUUGAUCCAGUUGUUUCCUUUUAAAGUUGUUGGGCCGCGGGUUGGUAAAUUCCGAACCAAUACUGCCGCAGGUUGGUAAACUCCGAGCCAACGCGCUGGUACUAAGUAAACACCAUGCAUGGGGCCCGGGCGUAGCACACCUAUACUGUUGAGCACAUCACAAUUAUUUAGAUAUUACGAUGUAGACAUAUAUGUUUCUAUACUAUUAGUCGUAUUGUAUUAGUCACUUAAUCCAUGUUACCCUGUGAACAAAUAUAUUUGGAGUCUACCGAUAUGCUGGGAUUUUGUGAAUCACCGUGGUUGUUUUCUUUAAAGUUGAAAUGUCACUACAUAUCCUCUUAUUGCUAUCUGUCGUGGAUGUCCUUAUAAACAAAGAAAACUCUACCCAAUUUUUUGAAUAAUCACUUGACUUUCUAGUUUUUAGUAUAAUGUGGUAGCAUCCUAGGAAUGGUCGAUUCCCGGGAUGUUACAGUUGGUAUCAGAGCCUAGGUUUUUAGAUCUCUGGAUAUAGUUUUUCUAAAAAGAAAAUAAAUUUAGUUUUUUUUAUCUUGGGUGAUUAAACACAUAAAACUUGACGUAGGAUCUAACAACUUAAAAUUUGACACACUGGUGCACAGUAGGAUGGGCUUUGGGUAUUCAUUGCAUUUACGAUUCAACAUUUUUAUUUGUUUGUUUAUCUUAUCCUUUUGAGUAUGGAAUGGAUAUGCUUUCUGUUGUUGAUUUCUUUUGUUGAUUAUGCAUAAUGUGUAGUAUAGUUAUGCCGCCGAGACGUAGAGGCCGAGCUCGUGGCCGAGCUCAUGCAAGGCGGGGUCGUGUCGGCCGCAACGGCCGUGUGGAGGAAUCAGAUGCGGAGGUUGAGCAGAGUUACCACAACGAUGCGGAAAUGAGUCAAUCUGCUAAUAGUGAUGGACGUGGUGCUUCAGACAUGACGCUCACUAAGUGGCUGGAUAUGAAGUUGGACAAGUUUGAGGGAUUAGGGACACCGAUGGAUGCUUCAAGUUGGCUUCGCACCAUGGAGAAAUAUAUGGAUGCCUUGGUGAUGACACCGGAAGAUAGAGUCGUUUAUGUAGCUUUUCAGCUGAAGGGCCUCGCGGAUGUUUGGUGGGAAGGAGUCCGUAAAGCUUGGAUACCAGCUCAUGGAGCGCUUACAUGGGACCUUUUUGUUAAGCAAUUUACUGCAAAGUACUACCCAGCUUCAUUCAGGGAGAAGAUGGAUGUUGCCCUAAGGAAUAUUAAGCAAGGGAACAAGACCGUGGAUGAGUAUGAUGCCGAGUUUAGUAGGAUUGUUCACUUUGUCGACCAUAUAAAUCAAAAUGAGCUUGAAAAAGCUCGGAGAUUCUUCGAAGGGCUUAAUUCUGAAUAUAGACAUGUCAUGGGGGCAAAUCGACCAAAUGACUAUUUCACCGUGGUUGAGCAGGCUAGGGGGAUGGAGCUACAGAUUCAGCUCACCGAGGCAGAGGCAGCUCGCACUAGAGGCACAAGUACUGGGCAUAAGAGGAGUCAUCAAGAAGGGACUGAGCUUACUAAACAUCCUGCUUUCAAGAAGUCUAAGCCAGAUCAGCAAUCUCAGCCAACACCUGAAACCAUGUCCCAACUUUCUUCACCGCCCUUUCAAACAAGGAACCAAUUUAUGCGCCCUGUUCCAGGGCAGGGCAUGAUAUGCUUCAGGUGUGGGCAAAAUCACCGCGCCCGAGAAUGCGACUUUUCUGGUUCUUGUAACCAAUGUGGCAAGUCUGGUCACAUGAGCCUCGUUUGCAAAAAGAAUCCUAAUUCCAUCAUUAAGUGGCAGCCGAUCACCCCUUCUCUGGAUGGUUCAUCUCAUCAUGCAAAUCAAGGGAUUAUGUCUUCACAUGGGUCAUUACAAAUGAUGCAAGUUCCUCCUCAGUUCCCACCUCCGCCAAUAGGCUAUCACUGGCAGGCAACUCCACUUCCAGCCCCAUAUGCUCCGCUUCAACUACCAGCUCCACCCACCUUACCUCCACAACAGCAGCAUCAUGUUGGCGAUUCUUCUACUUUGACAAGUCCAGGAAUAUACACCAGGCCGCAAAUUUCUCAUGGUCCUUUAGACGGGGUCACAGGUAUAGACCUUUUCCCAUAGUCCUUUUAAUUUCUAACACAAUUG